CUUGCCAUGCAGCUAUACAGUUUUCUUUCCAACUAAGCGCCUUUCCCUAAACGCUGCAUCCAAAACAUGCCAUGUUUCCAGAGAAACUGGGUUGCAAAUGUUUCCUUUUGGGUCCACUUCUUUAAUUCCCUGGCGUUGUGCUAUGGUAGAAAUCCUCCACCGGGCCGUUUUUUCUUUCCUGACAAGAGGCAAGAUCAUUUUAUCAAAACGCUGCAGGAAUACCAAGUGGUGAGCCCAGCAAAAGUCGAUGCAGAUGGAUGUUUUCUCUCUUACAGUUUGCAUCACCACACCUCAAAUGCUAGAAGGAAAAGAGACCUGAGGCGAAAGGACAACAGAGUGUACUAUAAAAUUAAGCACAAAGAAAAGGAUCUCUUUUUUAACUUGACUCUCCAUCAAGGAUUAUUGUCCAGUAAUUAUAUUCUGGAAAGGCGAUAUGGGAACUACACCAGUGCAAAGAUUGUGUCACGUCCUGGAACUUCAUGUCAUCUCAUUGGGACGGUUUUGCAGUCAGACACAAGACAUGGGACAGCAGUGAUCAGCACGUGCAGCGGGAUCACUGGAUACUUCCGUCUGCCUGAUGGAGAUUACUUCAUUGAGCCAGUGAAGAAAUAUCUGUUCAAAGAAGGAACUAGUCAGCCACAUAUCAUCUACAGGACAGACCUCAUUCAGAAGGCUUUACGGAAACGGCGGGGCACCUGGGAGAAGAACAAACGAACUUGUGGAGUGAAUGAAACUUUAAGCUUCUUUAAACAGCAAGAACUUCGAAGGGAAAAGUGGGAAAGAAACCAUGUAACGGCCAAAGCAACCUCCCGGCGCUCUGUCAGCAAAGAACGAUGGGUGGAGACUCUGGUGGUUGCUGACAGCAAGAUGAUUGAAUACCACGGAAGUGAGAAUGUGGAGUCAUAUAUUCUCACUAUCAUAAACAUGGUGGCAGGCUUGUUCCAUGACCCAAGCAUUGGUAAUGCAAUCCAUAUUGUGCUGGUUCGCCUUAUUCUCCUUGAGGAAGAGGAGCAAGGACUGAAAAUAGUUCACCAUGCAGAUAAGACACUAGGCAGCUUUUGUAAGUGGCAAAAGAGCAUCAACCCCAAAAGCGACGCCAGUGCCCAUCAUCACGACGUGGCUGUUCUUCUAACCAGGAAAGACAUUUGUGCUGGAAUGAAUCGUCCAUGUGAAACCUUAGGCUUGUCUCAUCUCUCUGGAAUGUGUCAACCUCACCGGAGCUGCAAUAUCAAUGAAGACUCUGGCUUACCUUUGGCAUUCACAGUUGCCCACGAACUUGGACACAGUUUUGGUAUCCAGCAUGAUGGAAAGGAAAAUGACUGUGAGUCCGUGGGAAGACGCCCAUACAUCAUGUCCCGGCAGCUGCAGUAUGACCCCUCUCCGCUCACAUGGUCACGAUGCAGCAGGGAAUACAUCACACGGUUCCUUGACCGAGGAUGGGGCUUCUGCUUGGAUGAUGUUCCGAAGAAGAAAGAUCUAAAGCCACCAUUCAUUGCUCCGGGUGUGAUCUAUGAUGUGCACCACCAGUGCCAGUUGCAGUAUGGAUCCAAUGCAACAUUCUGUGAUCAAGUAGAUAAUAUUUGCCAGACUCUGUGGUGCUCUGUGAGAGGUUCCUGCAGGUCGAAACUGGAUGCUGCAGCAGAUGGAACAAGAUGUGGAGAAAAGAAGUGGUGCUUCUCAGGUGAGUGCAUAACCGUGGGCAAGAGCCCUGAAGCAGUUAACGGCGCAUGGGGUUCGUGGUCAUCGUGGUCACACUGCACACGGACAUGUGGGGCUGGCAUCCAGGCUGCUGAGAGACAAUGCAAUAACCCAGAACCGCAGUUUGGAGGGAAAUAUUGCACAGGAGAGAGGAAACGCUAUCACAUCUGUAACAUAAAACCCUGCCCUAGGGCCACGCCAAACUUCCGUCAGAUGCAAUGCAGCGAGUUUGAUACAGUUGCCUACAAAAACGAAUUCUAUCAGUGGAUUCCCAUUUAUAACACAGGUAAUCCUUGUGAACUACAUUGCCGCCCUCCAAACUACCACUUCUCAGAGAAAAUGCUGGAUGCUGUUAUCGAUGGUACACCUUGCUUUGAAGGAAACAACAGCAGAGACAUCUGUGUUAAUGGCAUGUGUAAGAGCGUCGGCUGUGAUUAUGAGAUAAAUUCCAACGCGACUGAAGAUCGAUGUGGUGUUUGCCUUGGAGAUGGAGCUUCCUGCCAGACUGUGACGAUAACAUUCAAUCAAAGUGAAGGACUAGGCUAUGUUGAUAUUGGCCUGAUUCCAAAAGGCGCAAGAAACAUCAGAGUGGUAGAAGUGGCGGAAGCAGGAAAUUUCCUUGCAUUGAGAAGUAAGGACCCAGAAAAGUAUUAUCUAAAUGGAGGGUUCAUUAUCCAGUGGAACGGAGACUACAAAGUGGCAGGAACGAUAUUUCAGUAUGACAGGAAAGGAGACCUGGAAAACCUUACGGCAGCAGGACCCACGAAUGAAUCGUUGUGGCUGCAGCUCCUUUUUCAGGAGAAUAACCCUGGGAUACAAUAUGAAUACACUGUCCGUAAAGACUGGAACUCUGAGAACGAAGUGGAGGAGCCAGAAUAUUUUUGGCAAUACAGCAGCUGGACAGCAUGCAGUGUUACGUGUGGGAGGGGUUUCCAACGACAGACUGCCCGCUGUGUGAGAAAGGGGAAAGGUGUGGUGAAAAACUUGUUUUGUGAUCCAGAAACCCAACCCAAUGGAAAGCAAAAGAAAUGCAUUGAAAAAGAUUGUCCACCAAGGUGGUGGGCCGGAGAAUGGCAGAAGUGUUCAACCACCUGUGGCCCCACAGGAGAGAAGAAACGAACUGUCCUUUGCAUUCAGACAAUGGGGCUGGAUGAGCAGGCAUUGCCUGCAGAAGAUUGCCAUCAUCUGCUCAAGCCAAAGACCUACCUUUCGUGCAACAGAGAUAUCCUGUGCCCCUCUGACUGGACAGUAAGCAACUGGACUGAGUGUACAGUUACCUGCGGCGGAGGAAUACGUACUCGUAAUGUGACUUGUACCAAAAACAACGGGGAGCCGUGUAAUAUUUCAAAGAAACCUCAUUCUAAAGCUCUGUGUGGACUCCAGCAGUGUUUGAUCACCAGAAGACUGCAGAUACCCCAUUUCAAAGUGCAUGAUGGGAAGAUAAUCAGAACUGGAGGUAAUCCCAGAAGAGGCCCCAUGGACAAGUUACCCAUCCCGAAACCCAGCCAAAGAAUUGCAACACCAACAAUUCCUGAGCCCAGAUAUGUUACUUUGAUGCCCACACCCUUCAACCCAAUGAACUUUUCUCAAGAAGACCUGGAAGCAAAAAUAUUCCAAAGUAAUUCCAGUGGCUUAAAUGUUCUCAGUAAUUAUUCCCAGCAAUACAGCACUCCUUGGCCUAUCACAAAUCGUUCAAGUAUUUCUUUUAAAAAUGCGGAGAAUGCAUCCAUAGAAUCAUACAACUCAUCAGAAGAUGGGCUCAUAAACUGGACCUCAUUUACCAUUAGCCCUGUGCCUUUGACUAUUACUCCUAGCUAUAAUUAUUUAACAGAAGUAUCUAAUACAGUAUCUAACAAGACUGGUGAAGGAACAAUAGACAAUGCCCGCAGUGAACCGCUGACAAGAGAGCCCCCUACUAUGAUUGGUAACACCUCAGAAAUGUCACCAACAGUGUACCAUCAUGAUACUUCUACCCAGGUUUCUGGUAACCCCUUAGCAGGAGCUGGUAUCUCUUUGACAACAGUAGGCCUCAAAGAGUUCCACGUGCAAAUAAGUACACCUGAAACAGCAGGUCCUGUCACAAUCCGCCCACCACCGUCACAUGAAAUAUCAGGAGGCAGGUCUUCGAACAGAACAAGAUUGAAAUCCUCUGCCAAUGAAACACUUGCUCAAGCCACAGAAAACCCAUUUUUGUGGGUCAAGAAUGUGCUGAAGAAUGAAACCUCCAAGGAAAUAUUGCUGAAUGCCUCCAGAUAUCCAGAGGAGCCCAACAGUUUGCACAAUGAUGCUUACUGGACAGUGGGGAAUUGGAGUGAUUGUUCCACCACAUGUGGUGUGGGGGCUUUUUGGAGAGCUGUGGAAUGCAGCACCAAGAACGAAUCUGACUGUCAGCACAUUAAGAAACCUGAUCCAGCCCGAAGGUGCUAUUUUCCUCCCUGUGCCCAGUGGAAAGCUGGAGACUGGAGCAAAUGUUCCUCUAGCUGCGGAGGCGGCUUCAAGACCCGCACAGCUUACUGCAUAGAUGAGCGUGACAACAGAGUCCUGAGGCCAUUUCAUUGCCACUUAAAAGGACGCAAGCCACAACUGAAUAUCCGCUGCAAUACAGAGCCCUGUUUGGAAUGGAGUGCAGAGGACUGGGGCGAGUGUUCUGUCUCAUGUGGAGGAGGCAUUCAGGAAAGAGCAGUGGAGUGCAUCAGCACUGAUGAUGGUGCGCCUAAGAACAAGAGCAUGUGUGAACAUCACACCAAGCCUGCAGACUCUCAGAUGUGCAACCUACACGAGUGCUUGGAAACUACAGGUUUCCCUUGUGGUAAAGACAAAUUGUCAGUGACUUUCUGUGAGAAAUUGAGGAGUCUCGGCAAAUGUUCCAUGCCACCCGUGAGAAACCAGUGUUGUGUUACUUGCCAGAGAUCCCGGACAGUUAACAAAAUGAGACCUCGGAAUCGUCCACAUCUUAAACCAUGACAUCAUUGAAAAAACAGGGUUGCACUUACCUGUCACUGUUGUUCAUCGAAUAUUCUUCUGUGCAGGGACACAUGGGAACUGAGCGUGCUCAGGACUGGCCUGCGCAUGUGCAGUUCCCAUGUGUGACUGCACAGAGAUAUGACAAUGAAAACAGGGUUGCACUUACCUGUAACCAUUGUUCAUUGAGUGUUCUUCUGUGCCGUUCCACAUGGAAACUGCGCAUGUGCAGGACAGCCCUGCACAUGUGCACUUCCCAUGUGGGUCUGCACGGAAGAUAUGGCAAUGAACUAGAGUUGCCAAAUCAGAUUUCAAAACUAAAGAAUACGAUGGCUUUCUGGUGCUUAUCCUACCAAGGUCUGUAGAACUCUAAUGAAGUGGCCUUCAUCCUUUCCAAAGCCGGAACACCCCUCCCCCAUCCUUAACCCACAUUUGCAACAUGGGGCUUACUUUUAAUUUUAUAUUUUAUAUAUGAUAGUCUUUUUAUCUGUCCUGUAUUUAUCUGUCCUCCUUUCCAUCUUUCUCUUGCCCACUCCUUCUUCCUGUUCUGUCCUCAAAAGGUAGUUGUGGUGCUACUUAUCUGAUCAGCCUUAGACGAAGUUGCGCUCGCUCUGCUUGGUUGCUUUUAGAGACACCACCGGCUGAAGAUCGCCACUCUGAUCAAUUAUUUUAUUUUAUUAAAUUCAUAUUCCACUUUCCCCACAAGCAAGGACAGUGCACAGGUGGGAGUAGGUUUCCGUCUGUGCGAUUAACACAGAUGAGCUGUGCAUUUAGAUCUGCGUUCUGAUGUUCAUCAAGGUUCUACCAAAGGAUGCAGCUUUUGAAAUGAAUAAUGGAGAAUAUUCUCACUAGCUACUAGUUUUUAGAAACAGUUUUGCAGUGGUAGCUGCAGGGCUUUUUUUCAGCAGGAACACGGGGGAACGGAGUUCCGGAACCUCUUGAAAAUGGUCACAUGGCUGGUGGCCUCGCCCCCUGAUCUCCAG